AUGGCACUUAAUGCGUUAAAACAUCGCCGCUCAAUCAGAAGCUUCGAUACAACAAUGUCCAUAACACCAGAGCAACGUAAGGAAAUUGCCGACGCAGCUUUAAAUUCCCCAACAUUCAUGAAUAAGCAAGAUAUCGACUUAAUGUGGAUUACCGAUCCACAAUUGAUCGAAAAGAUCAGCACCGCUGCUUACGAAAGUCUUCCAAAAGAGAAGAAAGCACAGUUUGAUAUUCGUGUUGGCAAAUAUGAUGUUAAGAAUAUUAUCACUGGUGACUCAAAGGAUAUUAUUCUUUUCAUUAAGAACGAACGCGCUUCUGCUGUUACAGAAAUGAACUGUGGCAUUAUUGCUAUGGGUGCUAUGGUUGCUGCUCAGGAAUUCAAUAUCGACUCAAUGAUUCUCGGCUGCAUUGCUCAAGAGAAGGUUGAACAGGUUUUGAAUCUCCAGAAGGGCCAACUUGUCAUUGGCCUUGCUCUUGGUUUCAGGAAGAAGAAGCCUGUUAUCGAUCCAAAGGAAAUUGUUGGCAAAGUUACUUAUAUCGAAUAA